UUUUAACAAAAGAUGUCUCCUCCCAAACAACAGAGCACUGUGCAGUUGGGCAAAAAACUCUCGUGGCUGCUGCGGCACGGAGCUGUCGAAGAAGGUAUUGCAAUCCAAGCAGAUGGCUACGUGAGUGUCUCGGAGAUACAAUCACAUCCACGCUACGCGCCCUUUAGUCUUCAAAAGUUGCAAGAAAUUGUAGCUGGCGAUGCUAAGCAGCGUUAUACCCUGCGCUGGAAUGAGGAGCGCAAAUGCCAUGAGAUACGUGCCAACCAGGGACACUCGUUGGCAUCGGUGCAGGGCGAAGCGUGUCUGGAGCGUAUUCUGGAUGCCGAGCAGGUUCCUCUCGCUGUUCACGGCACUUACUACAGGUGUUGGGACGCAAUCAAAUCGAAAGGACUGUGCCGCAUGCAGCGGAACUAUGUGCACUUUGCGGUCAGCGAUGUGGGGCAGACUCUGAGUGGCUUCCGCAGCGAUAGUCAAGUGUUGGUCUACUUGGAUGUGGCAAAAGUGUUGGCCGACCAUCUGCCGCUCUUCCGCUCCAGCAACAACGUGAUACUCUGCCCUGGCGUCGAUGGCUUCAUCGACAAGACGUACUUUAGCCGUGCUGUGGACAGACGGACUGGCAAAGAAUUGACUUACUGAUUACAUAGAAACUUCAUAAUUAGCUUUAAUAUUCGUACAUUUCUGCAUUGUUGUUUUAUUUUAAAUACAUUACACACAAAC